AUGUCGCUGAGCUCCCUCCUCCCAGGCAGCCGCAAAAAGCGGUCCCCGCCCCCGAAACGCGGCCCCCAGCCCGUCCGGACCUUGUACACCUCCAACCCCGUGCCGGUCCCCGCAGACUUCCUCGCCGCCCCGCCGCCGGGCGCCCCGCCCGUGACGCUCACCCGCAUCGACUGGUCCAAGACGCAGCUUCCCGAGAACGAGGGCCGCUACGCCGUCGUGCUCGACAACGUGCUGACGCGCGCCGAGUGCGCGCAGCUGCUUGCGCUCGCCGAGGCCAGCGCCGUCACCGCGGACAAACCGUGGCAGCCCGCGCUGGUCAGCAUGGCGCAGGGCUGGGAGAUCCUGGAGCCCGAGUACCGCAACAGCGACCGCAUCAUCUGGGACGAGCAGGAGGUCGUCGACCGGCUGUGGGCGCGGUGCGCGCUGGCGGAGGGGCUAGGGGAGGAGCUGGCGGCGUUUGAGGGGGUUGCGCGGCCGGAUAGGGGGUUCGAGACGGAUUGGGUGUUUGAUCGGUUUAAUAAGCGGAUGAGGUUUUUGAAGUAUGGCAAGGGCCAGUUUUUCAGACCUCACUGCGACGGUCCUUACAGCGAGGAGAUGGAAGACGGGACGGUGUAUAGGACGCAUUACACCGUCCAUCUAUACCUGAACGACUCUGUUGCCGAGGUGGGAAAGGAGAAGGCGGACCUAGUGGGCGGCGCGACGUCGUUUCUGUCAAAUGAUGAGAGGAGGAAGGUUGAUGUAGACCCCAAGGCCGGGAGGGUUCUUAUUUUCCAGCACAACCGGCUGUAUCACUCUGGAGACGAUGUGAUUCAAGGGACGAAGUACACCUUGAGGACUGACAUCUUGUAUAAGCUCGUGAAGACGGAGACGAAGAGGGAACAUGAGGCUGCUUGA